AUGGACAGUGCAGAAGAGAAUGGAGACGCACCAGAUGCAAAUACCGAACUGGGCCCGCAGUCCUCCCAAGAACACAAAACUCUCAAAUAUUCAUUACUAGGACCCUCGCUGCUGAAAGCGGGUCAAGACGCGGUCGACCAACGUCAAGUUUCGGAAAUUAUUUACAAUGCCUCCAAGGGCUCAAAAUUCUUCAACCAUGAGGAAACCAGGGACAAAGUACUGACCCAAAAGAUCGAGCAAAUCAUAGCACGGAAAGCGCGUUUGGACCGGUUGGAUUUAUCCGUCGACAGUCGCCGGGCAGAUGAAUACAUCGCAGAGCUUGAAACGACUCGAGACCUCUCUCAGAUCGUAGUUCACGUUGACUGCGAUGCCUUCUUUGCUGCUGUUGAGGAGCUGGACCGGCCCGAGCUCAAAACCGUGCCGAUGGCCGUGGGCAAAGGCGUGCUGACGACCUGUAACUAUAUUGCACGGAAAUACGGCUGUCGAAGCGGCAUGGCUAGCUUUGUAGCAAAAAAGCUAUGCCCGCAGCUAAUAUGCCUACCUCAAAACUAUGAAAAGUACGGCGCCAAGGCAGAAGAGAUCCGAUCCGUUUUCGUGGAAUACGAUCCCUGCUUCGAAAGCGCGUCCAUCGACGAGGCAUACCUCAACAUCACGGCAUACUGCGAUGAGAAUAAUAUAGAUCCCCAGGAGGCUGUUCAGGAAAUGCGAGCGAGGAUAUCCGAGGAAACCAAAAUCACCGUUUCAGCAGGCAUAGCCGCGAACGCGAAACUGGCCAAGAUCGCAUCAAAUCAGAACAAACCCAACGGACAGUUCUACAUCCCAAGUGAUCGCCAGGAAAUAAUGACAUUUGUCAAGGACCUGCCAGUUCGAAAAGUCAACGGCAUAGGACGCGUAUUCGAACGAGAGCUAAAAGCAAUCGGCAUCGAAACAUGCGGCGACAUCUACCCUCAUCGAGCUUCGCUAAAAAAGCUUUUUGGCGAAAAGGCCUUUCAAUUUUUAAUGCAGUGUUAUCUUGGUCUGGGACGAACAAAAAUCCAACCGGCUGAAGAGUAUGAACGGAAGAGCGUGGGCACCGAAAGCACGUUUUCGGAAAUGAGUGACAAGGGCGCUAUCCGCGCACAACUUCGAUGGACGGCAGAGGAAUUGGAAAGGGAUCUUACACGCACGCAGUUCAAGGGGCGAACGCUGGUGCUCAAGGUAAAAUUGCAUACUUUCGAAGUGUAUACACGACAAGUGGUGCCGCCCAAAGCACUCUCUCAGGCCGAUGACUUGUAUGAUUACGCUUUGCCGAUAAUGACCAAACUCGAGAAGGAGAUACCGAAUAUGCGCUUGCGACUGAUGGGACUGCGAUGCACCAACCUCGUCAGCACGAAAAAAGGAGGUCUGAACUUGUUUGGUUUUCAACCAGUUCCAAAACCUACCAUAUCCUCCAUCGAGGAUGUUCCUCCAGAGUCCGAAAAUGUUAUCAGCUCUCCGAGUGGCGAAACGCAGCUGAUCACAGAGCAAGAUUUUGAAAACGCUGCACGGCAGGAACGAGAAGAUGAGCUUGACGAGCUAGAGAAACUGACCCAGGAAGACAACGACUAUAAUGAACCACCUGCUGGCCAUUCUGCUCAACCCGAUGAUAACGACAAUCCAACAACCCCAAAAGCCCACCCAACAGAUCCACCAACAGAAUACUGGACCUGCCCUAUCUGCUCCCGGCCCCAACCCGCUGACGACAAGAAGUUUAACGAGCACGUCGACUAUUGCUUAUCAAAGGGUACAAUUCUAGAGGCCGUUCAGAGCUCUGCUCCUCCCGAACCGGCAACACAUUCCUCGUCGUCGACAAAUUUACAGCUGCCAGCUGAGCAGUCUUCCAAAAAGCGGAAGUCGGGUGGUGAAACGGAUAUACGACAGCGAAGAUUGUUUUUUGCUUAG